CACAACUUGUGGCAGGAGAUCGAUUUGACAGCUUCUGAUUCGCGAACGAGUCCGGAAUAACGACGGUGGGGGUUGAGGCUGUGUACAAUUGGGUUGACGACCUUUGGGUCAACCUCCAUUGUGUCGAAAAACCUGUAGCAUGAUCCCUCCACAUCAGCUCUUCUCUCUUUUCUUCUUUGUUACAUCUUUCUCUCUCAAUUUGCACAUCAAUCAAGGUUUACUUUCGCCGCCCAAGGUGGAACACUACCUGUAGGCAAGCGUCAGCCAUAGCCUCAAGCAAUCAACUCGUUCGCAAUGUCCUCCAACAUUUCAUCAGACUCUGGAUUACAGAGGGAGCAGUCUCUCUCCCCUUCAGGAAACGCGCAGUUGUCACCAACUGAUGGCAAAGUGUCGGAAAGCUUCACCGGAAUUUAUCCAUACCAGCCUCUCCAGUCCGACGGACACAUCCGCCUCCUUCUCCUCAAGCCCCCAGCAUCCUCUUCCACUCAAGACAUCCCAGUCAUCUCAGCUACCCUCCACGAAGUCAACUUAUCUGCAGUCGGAGAAACACCCUGCCCACCGUACAAAGCCCUUUCUUACGAAUGGGGUCUUCCCCCUUCAAACCCCUCAGACACUCCAGCGAUACUUCUCGACAACCACCCCAUCCACAUUCGCCAGAAUCUGUAUGAUGCCCUUUGCAGCAUCCUCCACAAUCACCACCGGCUCUACGGUGAAUCCCCCCUAUAUCUCUGGGUGGACGCCCUCUGCAUCAACCAGUUCGAUAAUCGGGAAAAGGGCCAUCAGGUCCGGUUGAUGAAGGAAAGUUACGAGACCGCUGAGAUGGUGAUUGUCUGGUUGGGGAUGGGGACCGAACACACUGAUGAAGCGAUGAAGCUAAUCAAUUUGGAAGAGGAGGAGCUCUGUAGGUGUGUGGCAAAACAAAGCUUGACGUCAAGGGAACAGUACGGAUUGCGGGACUUACUUUGCGAGGCGACGUACUGGAAGAGGAUUUGGAUUUUGCAGGAGUUUGUGCUUGCGAGAGAUUAUGUGGUUUUGUGCAAUCGGGCACUUGCUACCAAGGAAGUUUUCGAACGGGCGCUGAAGAUUCUCAUAAUCUUCGGAUCGUUAAGGCCGCUUCUAUGGGUGUUGCGGCCGAAUGGGCAACGUACCUUGCACGACAGUCCGGUGCUUCGAAUCAUAUCGAGCUUAGGGAUUCGCGCGUGCAUUCACAGACAACGCUUGAUGACUGGGUAAACGCGACGUGCAAUAAAGAAUUCAAGGCGACAGAUCCUAGGGAUUAUAUCUUUGCAUUGUUGGGAAUCUCGCAUGACGGAGAUAGUAUUGUGCCUGAUUAUGAACUGUCAACGUGGGAGGUAUAUCUUUUGGCCAUGUCACCCCGGUCACCGAUACAUAAAACAUCAUUGUUAUGGUGGUCUUAUUUGGCAGAUCUAAUGGGAAUUCCAAAGGAUCGGGCUCGGGACGUGUGGCACUCUUCAUCUGAAAAACAACUACCCGCACUCCAAGCAGCGCUAGAAAUAAUUCAAUUUAACUCAACUUGAGG